AUGUCUUCUAGUAUUCGAGAGCUAGCUACACAGAUCCUCGCUCUCUGCACCAAGCUUGAGCAAACCUGCAAUGAAGCAGAUAUCCCUCCUCCAUCACUUUCUGCAGAUACCAGAACUUCAUUCUGGUCUGAUUCCCAGUUAACUGCUACACGAGCCACAGUUCUCGGCCUACUGGAACAACUAUCUAUACUGAUUCAAGGACCACAAGAGUUCCUACAUGAGUUCGUCGCCUCCCACUGGGACCAUGGGGCGCUAUAUGCGUUCCUCCACUCACAGACCCUCGAGCAUAUAGCCCGUUCGGGGCGGGCGUCUAUUGAAGACCUGGAGUCUCAAUCUGGUAUCCCGGCAGACAAGCUCGCACGGAUCCUUGGACUACUUCGGUGUCGACGCAUCAUUGAUGAGCCCGAAAAGGGUGUCUAUUCUUUGAAUGCUGUGUCGGAGGAACUGGUCAAGGACAGCGAUUCUAGAGCAUGCUUUGAGUUUCAAUUAUUUGAGACUCGUAUUGCGAGUGCGCAUUUGGCGGAUGCUUUAGCUCGAAAACCAAAUGGGUAUGUUGAUGGUGUGUCGGCGUUCAGGGAGGGAUUCGGCAUGGAAAUGUACGACUGGCACGCUUGUCAUCCUGCCAAGGGAGAGCGAUUUCGUCGUGCUAUGAGGGGCGUCUCGCGGGCCCUUGAUCCUGCGGACUCCUUAAUCGAGAGCUAUAUCCAGCAGCACACUCCCACCACCAAAACUAAGAUCGUCGAGAUCGGUGGCCGCUACGGUUUUGCCGCUAUCUCCCUUGUACAAAACCAUCCAGAACUGUCAUUUGAAGUCCGCUCCGACUCCCAAGAAUUUCUCGACCGCGGCAACGCACAGGUCCCGUCUUCAAGUCGUGAAAGGAUAGCCUUCACACAUUGCCAGUCAAUGUUCGAUUCGCCGCCUGCGUGUGAUGAGCAUACCGUAUGGCUAUACGUGAUCAGGAAUUUGCUGUGGAACUGGUCCGAUACUGAUGUCGUGAGACUGCUGAGAAGUAUAAAACAAGGAUCUGGCGCAUCUACCCGUGUCUUGGUUACAGAUGGCGUGUCGCCAGUGUCUGGACAAUUUCCGUUACAUGAGGAGAUUGCGUAUCGACGGAGAGAUGUUACGACUAUGAGCAUGCAUAAUGUGAAGCAGAGGACGCAGGAGGAGUGGGUGGGCGUGUUCAUGCAGGCUGACCCAGUCGUACGGGUGGAGACUAUGUUUGAGAGGAGUUCGCAUGUUUAUAAGGGGCUGUGGGAAAUCAGUUUCGUGAAUGAUGGGGAUAGCAGAUAG